UGUUCCAUAUGGCACGGGAAGCCAACACGUCCCCGAAACAAGCGAAGGGAAAGGCGAUAGAUCCACACAGCUUAAUCCUCCCCUUUCCCCUUCUCAAAUCAAAUUAAGCAAUUAAUGGCCAAUCCGACGACGUCUCACUUGCCGGCACCGACGAAUUACGCGCCGCUGGCGAAGCCGGUGGCCGUGGUAAGCCCCCAGUUCAUGGCCCCCUAUCCCGUGGAUCUGAGAGUUACGAAGAAGGUGAUGACCCUGGCGGAAGGUACUUUCACCGUUACGGACGUUAACGGCACCGUGAUGUUCAUGGUGAAAGGGUCCGUGUUCAGCCUUCACGACCGCCGUAUUCUUCUUGACGCCGCGGGUAAUCCCAUCAUCUCUUUCCAACAAAAGCUGUUUUCGGCGCAUAGAAAAUGGUACGCAUUCAGAGGAGAUAGCACCGAUUCCAAAGAUCUGUUGUUCACGGUGAAGAAAUCGUCGGUCUUACAACUGAGGACUCAGCUGGAUGUGAUAUUGGCCUCCAACACCUCGGAGAGCAGCUGUGAUUUUAAGAUCAAAGGAAGCUGGCUGGAGAGAUCCUGCACCAUUUCCCUUGGCGACGGCUCCACCAUCAUCGCCCAGAUGCACAGGCAGCACAAUUUGCAGAGCGUGCUGUUCGAUAAAGACACGUUCGGAGUGACGGUGUAUCCCAACGUGGACUAUGCGUUCAUAGUUGCGCUGGUGGUGAUUCUGUUCGAGAUCAACGAGGACAGGAGCGGCAACGAUUAGAGCCUCCUCAAAAAAUAAAAAAUUGUUUCCCACUGCUUAUUUCCCGUAUUACUGUUAUUAAGGAAUAAUAUAUAUGAUCGGAAUAUAUAAAAUUUAUCCA